CUCGUCAACUAAGUUUCUUCACUCUCCACUUCAUAAUAUCAACUUCAUUCUAAAACAAUUAGAAACAACAAAUUAUAUAUGUCUCCACAAACAUAAAGAAUAUUAAUUGUUUAAGAAAGAUAUAUUAUUUAGAGUAUUAAAUAUACCGGGAAAGUAAUUAUAUGUGUGUGAGCGGGUACCCAUGGGGCGGGUUUACCUAAACCCAAACCCAACCCUACCCGGUGAAUAGUGUAGCGGGUUUAAACCCGAAUCCGACCCAAAACCCGUCAACACAAGUUUUACCUGCGUUGACCGGGUUGGGUCGGGUGGGUACUCAUGUGUUCGGGUUUUGUUGCCAUCCCUAUUUCCCGGACACCCUCCGAGCCAGGUGUAAUGUGCUUUUUUGGGCCAUUGGGCCUCUUCAGUCUUAUGCCAAUGUUUGGGCUUAAAACAUAUUGAGAAAGCCCGGUAUGAUCGGGAUCAGCCACCAUCCAAACGACGUCGUGGCUAGAAUUAGUAUCACAGUCCAAACUCGACAGUUGACGUGGCAGCUUAGAUUCCCGCCACCGCGGCUCUCUAGAACUAGAAGCAGCGAGCACGAUCCAGAUGGCCAUGGGCUUCACGCCUUCGCCCAACUCAGGAGCGCUCUCACUACUUCCUCUCUCCCUCUUUGUUCAUUUGCAGAAUUGCAGGGGAAUUGAAAGGAACAACUACCCCUUAAUAAUAAGACAGAUCGAGUGAUCGACAUGGCUGGCGGCGCGGGGAAGGUGUCACACGCUGCUUACAAGGGACCAAGCAUAGUCAAAGAGAUCAUCUACGGCAUCUCCUUAGGGCUGGCUGCUGGAGGGCUGUGGAAGAUGCACCACUGGAAUAACCAGAGGCGGACCAGGGAGUUCUACGAUCUCCUGGAGAAAGGCGUGAUCAGCGUUGUUGUCGAAGAUGAAUGAGUAGGCUGGCUAGAUGGUUGAUAGUCUUAUUAGUUAUUAGGGGUCCCGUUUGCAAGCCCAAUAAAUGAAUGUUGGUUUGGAGUUGGUGCUUCGUUUUUUAGUUUUUGUACUUUGCAAGCUUAUUAAUGGCUGAAGAUGCGUGUCCUUCUCUUCGGCUGAUGUAGUAGGGUAAGGGACCCUUUUCUUGUUGAAGAUGGUAAUGGCAAUGAAGAUGGGACGGUUUCAAUCAAUUCAGGACGGUUUAUAGGUGAUUAGAGAGGUCGACUUGAACUUGUUCCAACCCAAUGUUGAUCAAAUUUGGGUGUUAGUUUGAUGCCCUUCUUUGCUGUUUCGUUGUUGCAUCUAUGCAGUUGUGCAGUGACAUUUUUCAUAAAAAAAACAUCAAAUUCUCUUUAACGACAACAAAUGUCGUGACCAUAU